AUGGUGUGGAUCGGGGAGCCGAAAACCCACAUGGAGGGACAGAAUUCACGUACGAGAGAAUUCGCGACCCUAGCAUUUUUAGUGUCCCAUCAACGUGUUGGUUGUGCCAGCGACAUUAUGGGUGGUUUAACCCCUAGGACCCCGCUGCGGGUGCGACCGCUGGUCAGCAACGAGAUAACCGGGGGAACACCCAGAGUCUUCGCUGUGGCCUUCAGGCCCAGUGAGCUCAUUCGGGCGCGCGAUGGCUCCUGCCAGGCAGGUGCUGUCCUCAUCGGAGAUGAAGUUGCCUUGCGGUACCUGCUCGCAAACGACUGGGAAUUCAGGGUGACCCAGGCCUCAGGAAGGCAGGAGGAAGCCCUCAGGGGUUUCAGGGGGCCCGGAGGCGCCGCGGCAGGUGCCAAUGGGCCCCGAGUGUCGGGAACCGAGGCCCGAGGCGUGGUCCCGCCGGGCUUACCGGCUGGAGCGGCGCAGGUGCGGGCCCCGCGGCGGGCAGGGUUGGGUGCGCUCGCGGCGGCCAGGUGCGGGCGGGGAGGGGGCCGAGGCCGGACAUCGGCCGGGGCGGGGCGGGCGCUGCGCCCGGUAGGCCAGAGGGGCGGCGGGUGCGCGCGGACGGCGGUAGCGCGCGGGGCGCAGCGGGCGCGCGGGUAA